AUGGCGGCGCUAGGGCUGGCGCAUCUGCUGGUGGGGCGCUCGCACGAGUGCAAGUUCCUGCCGUCGCUGCUCGCGCUGCCGUGCGUGUCGUCGCCCGCGCUGGGGCCGGAUAUCGAGCAGCAGAGCUGUGCGACGGUGCACGACAAGCUCAUGGAGCUGGUCGCCACUGGGCGGGGGGUGACAGAGGAGGAGGCGGCAGCAUCGUGUGUGGCGCUGCGGCAUGCACUGCAGCAGCAGCUGAGGCAGGAAGGUGCUGAGGCAUUCAUUGCCCCUGCUGCCACCGGCUUCCCUCCACCCAUCCAUCAAGGUGUGAGGAACACGGGGAAUUGA